AUGCUGUCCUCGACAUACUCUCGCUUUCACGCAUGCCUCCUCGGGACUAUUGCUCUCCUCCCUCAGACCGAGGCAGCAGUAUUCGCCCGCGGAAAAUUGAGCGCAUCUUUAUGGGUGCCCCAGGGGACGCUCGUGAACGACACGCGAGUCUUCGGGGUGCACGACACGUCUGACGGCUGCCCCGUCGGCUGGGUUCCGUGCUCCGCGUCAACCUGCUACCCUCUCGACGGUUCCACAUGCUGCUCCAAUGGUAACUUCUGCGAGUUUGGGUCCUACUGCGACGGCGGAGGAUGCUGCCUUGACGGCGAGAUCUGCGGCGGCAGCGCCCCACCGCCGUCGACGAUCAACGUACCCACCGCCACCACGCCCCGCACGACCGCUACGACGCCCCGCACGACCACGACCGCUACAAUCGCCACCACAUUCAAAGCGCCCACGACGAGCGUGUCAGUGGGUUUCUCCACGUCCGACCAGAUCACAGAGCUUGGCUCUGUGUCGCUGCCAACGGUCGCAAAGCCAACUGAACAGACGACGGUCAGCACGAGGCCUGCAACGGUUCCUGUAGCGGACAGCGCGACCGUUCUCAAUCCUAGUGCGUCGGCGAGUGUCAGCCUCGGAAAUGACGCCACUGCAGUUUCUAUGAGCUCAGGAGCGAGCGUCUGGCUCGCUGGUCUUGUCGUGAUCGCAGUGUUCCUUAAGUGCAAAGAUUGUUAA